UCUUACCUCACAAAGAAGGAAGGGAGAAAAGAAAGAAGGAAGGGAGAAAAGAAAGAAGGAAGGAAGAAAAGGACUGGUUCUACUUCCUCUUUUUACAGGUAGGAAAAUUGAGAAUUAAGGAGGAGAAAUGAUUCCCCAAGAUAGUACAAGUAGUAAAGAGGUGGAGGUGGCAUUUAAAUCUAGGUUGACUUGCUUCAGAGCCUGUAAACAGAGCAUCUUCACCGAGCUAGGUUUAUGACCUAGAGUCUCCUAGUGGUACCGUUAACACACUUGGCUACUAACUGAAAUGUCUGCAGUAAGAACCCAUCCAGGGGCACCUUGGAAAAAAGACCUGGUAUUCUGCUUCUGAAAGCUCACAGCCUUGAAAACACCGUGGAACACAGUUCUUCUCUGACUCACAUGGGAUUGCCAUGAGUUGGAGUCAACUUGACAGCAACGGAUUUAACUGGAUACCUCUGCAACCAGAAUGUCAACAAAUUUUUUUUGUCUCUCCUUAGAUGGAGAGGUCUCUGGAGUUGGCCAACAUGACCAGAGUCCAAGAGUUUAUCCUGCUAGGUUUGUCCCCAAGGGUGAACAUACGAGAUGCCCUGUUUGCUGUCUUCCUGACCCUCUACCUGCUGACCCUUUUGGAGAAUACUCUCAUCAUCUACCUUGUCUAUAGUCACAGUGAACUCCACAAGCCCAUGUACUUCUUCCUGGGCAACCUGAGCUGCCUGGAGAUGUGCUACGUGUCAGUGACCAUGCCCAGUCUGCUUGUGGGACUGUGGAUUGGAUCCUACCACAUUUCCUUCACAGUCUGCAUGACCCAACUCUUCUUUUUUGUUUCUCUCAUCUGUAUUGAGUGCACCCUCCUGGCCUCCAUGGCUUAUGAUCACUAUGUGGCCAUCUGUCACCCACUCCACUAUCCACUGCUCAUGCGACCCCAGGUAUGCCUGGGCUUGUCCUUGUCCUCAUGGCUUGGUGGUCUUAUGGUCUCAGGGGUUAAGACCACAUGCAUUGCCAGCCUCUCCUACUGUGGCCCCAACGUCCUCAACCAAUUUUUCUGUGAUGUCUCCCCUCUGCUCAAUCUUUCCUGCACCCACGUGGCCCUGAUGGAGCUGGUGGACUUCAUCUCUGGCAUUGUCAUCUUUUGUGGUACACUGCUAGUAGCCUUGGCCUCGUAUUCAGCCAUUGGGUUGGCCGUGCUCCACAUGGCAUCAGCCGCAGCCCGCCGUAAAGCUUUCUCUACCUGUGCCUCCCAUCUGGUCGUGGUGGGCAUCUUCUACUCAGCCGCCCUCUUCAUCUAUUGCCGUCCCAGCCGUAUCAAGUCCAUGGACCUCAACAAGGUGCUGUCGGUCACCUACACGGUGGUCACACCCAUGUGCAACCCAAUCAUCUACUGCCUGCGGAACAAGGAGGUCCAUGCAGUGCUGAGAAAAACUCUCCAUCUGCCUCGAUGCUAG